AUGCCGUACACGCUUCCGUCCGAACCAGGUGCGCCCUAUGUCGGCGGCAGCAACAACGAUGGCUCCGUAGGCUCUUCUCCGAACGGGCGUACGGACGCCAGUCAUACCCUCGAAGAGGCUAUUGAAACCGCUACAGCAUCUCGGCUUCGCACGGUCCUACACCAAAUGUGCCAGGACAGCCACUUAGUCCGAGACCUCACCACCAAAGCUCUGCUUUCCGCGACAACCACUCCUGCGGAAGGCACCAGCGAAAGCAAUCUGAACGGCAGCAGGAAACGUAAGCGCUUCGAGGUCUGUGGGCAAUGUGGCGACGAGUACGAGGUCGAAAGGAAUGAGAUGGGUUUAUGUGUUGAUCAUCCUGGUCAAAAGGAGGCUGACCACGACUCAGCUGUGUGGGAUGAUUACAAUCUGGAUGUCGCUGGCGACAUGGAUGACCACGUGGACGAUCCGGACUGUCAAGAUGGAUUUUCCUGGAACUGUUGUGAUGGGAAGCUAGGAUCUGUAGGUUGUAAGAGGACAAGACACCGUGCCACCAACCCUGGCGAGAAGAAAGGAAGAAAUGGAGAGAGUGAGUCAGAACCCGAGAAAAGCUUUCAGUUCAAGUACAAGUGUCUCGUACGUACAUCAACGCAAGGAGUGUACUGCGGUCAAUCGGAGCCGUUAAAAACAGCUUGGCAAAUCAAGGUCGACAAUGAAAAUUUGGCGCGUCCACCAUAA